AUGUCAGCAACACACAUGACGCUACCAGCCUGCUCUCUGGCCAGCCUGCCGGAAUGUUUUUAUCAAGUGGAGCAGGAAUUCCUCCUCAGGAAUAUAACCACCCAGACCACUAAAUUCCGCCUGCUGGUCACUAAUCUCCCGCCAGAACUCCUUCUGACCGUCGGCGACCUCCUGCAUAAUCAUUGGUAUGCCACUUAUGACGAGCUUAAGGAGGCCAUUCUUAGGCGAACAGCACCUAACCCUCUGACAGUGUUAAGCUCUUUCCCGUCGUCUGACGCCGCGGACAACCGUACCCCCACAGAAAUCCUUCACCACUUCCAGCGUCUCCUCACCCGCACCAGCACUACGCUCCCACCCAUCGUCAUGCGCUCCCUCUUCCUCAAGCGGCUGCCUGCUGAUAUCCAGCAAAUCCUGCUGGUGUCAGAUGCCCCAUUGGAGCAACUUGCCCUGCAAGCCGACGCGAUGCUCGUAGCUAGGGCACCCACAUCGUCAAUAGCAACAGUGUCUGCCUCAACCACCACCUGCACCGUGACGUUGGGAGCCCUUGCAGCCCAUGUCGCCACACUAUCCGAGGCUGUGCAGAAGAUAUCCACACAGGAACGUUCUCACUCCCGGCCUCGCUUUCGCACCCCUUCGCCACUACGCUUUGAAUGGGACUUCAGGCGCUCUCUACCGCCCAACCGCCAGCCUCGCUUCCGCGUUCCUUCACCGCCGCGAAAAGAGUGGAGGAAACCGCGGAAACUGGGCGCGCCUGUCUUUUGCGGACCUCUGAAGCAUUUAUUGUACGUCCGAGAUGCCUCCUCCUCCCUACGUUUCCUCGUCGACACAGGGGCCGAGGUCAGCCUCCUCCCGGCCUCCCACAGGGAUAAACGCUUCCCCUCCUCCCACACUCUGGAAGCUGCCAACACAUCGCCCAUCAACACCUACGGUGAGCAUUCGAGAACCCUCUCGCUGGAAGGCGAGCCCGGCCAAUGA